AUGAGCGAUUUCCCAGUUUUUCAAGCCGCUGAAAGAAUUAAAAACACUUGCAACCCAAUCCGUAAUUAUGUUGAAAGUGUUCUCCCCAAAAUUGACAUCACCCUAUACAAGGAUACCCGUCCUGCUGAUAACUUAAACUUAACUUUAGGUGAUCCUACAUUGUUUUCUGAAUUUUAAACCAAUCCAGAAAUUUUGUAGAAAUGUGCAGAUGGGGUAGGCAAAAUAGAUGGAUAUACUGAUUUAAUUGGUAAGCCAGAAAUUCGUCAGGCCGUAGCAGAAAGAUAUAAAUUUUAAAAUAAUCCUAAUGUUAAGGUAGAUGAAUCAGAUGUUUUCCUUACAUUUGGUUGCUCUAUGGGUAUCUAUUUAUCUGUAGCAACUUUGGCUAACCCAGGUGAUAACUUUUUAUUCCCAUCUCCUGGAUUCCCUUUAAUGGUGACUGUUGGCUCUAAUUUAGGUAUAGAUGCUAAGUUCUACGAUCUAAUGGAAGAUAAAGACUGGGAGGCAAACUUAGAAUAAAUGGAAAAGCUCAUUGAUGACAAAACUAGGUUUAUUUACAUUUGCAACCCCUCUAAUCCUCUAUCCUCUUUAUGGACUAAGAAGCAUAUGUUAGAUAUUAUAGAUUUCUGUAAAAGACAUAACAAUCUCCCUAUUGUUGCAGACGAAACUUAUGAGCAUAUGCCUUACCCUGGUGAAAAAUUCUAUUCUUUUGGUGAGUUAACUGACACUGUUCCUGUUGUAAUUAUUUCUGGUAUGUCAAAGAGAUGGCUUGUACCAGGUUGGAGAACUGCAUGGUUAACUUUAGUAGGUAAGAAAGGAGUAUUUGAUGAAGUUAAAUAAGGUUUAAGAAAUUUACUUAGCUUCAUUUUAAUGCCUAACACAAUUGUAGCAGGUAAUUAGGUAGAGAUGCUUAAAAUGAAUGAUGACUACAUAGAUGAAAAAAUGAGAUUAUGCAGUGAAAGAUUUAAAUUAUUAAAAGAACUUGUACAUGAUGUUAAAGGUAUUAAAUUAAAAGAAGCUAAAGCUGCCUUUUAUGCUGCUGUUGGUAUUGACUAUGAAUGUAUAGAUAUAACCUCAUCACAAGAAUUUGCCACAAAGCUUUUAUAAGAAGAAAAUGUUUCUGUCUUCCCAGGAGAACUUUUCUUUGGUAAAAACUUCUUUAGAAUCAUUAUGUGUGCUGAUGAACCUGUCAUAAGAGAAUUUUCAGUACGUAUCAGAAGAUUCUGUGAGCGUCAUUAAAAAAAAUAAUGA